CCUACUCUGAUCCACCCUUCCCAGCCAUGCGUUACGCGUUACUUAGCAACUGUUACAUUCAAACAAGACUUAAAAUGUCAUUCAGAGACGUGCGAAAUUUUCUUGAAAUGAUGCGGGCUUUAGGAUACCCGUCUUUAAUUUCAAUGGAAAGCUUUCGCACACCUAAUUUUCCUUUAGUCGCCGAUUUAUUGGUUUGGUUAGCUAAGCGGUUCGACCCUGAUGUCGAUAUACCGCCAGAGAUUGAUACUGAAGAUGAUCGGGUUAAAUUGAUUCGAAACGCGGCGCAAUUUAUGGCCCUGAAAGCCAACAUCAAGCUGAAUACAAAAAGGUUGUAUCAAGCCGAUGGUUACGCAGUUAAAGAACUGUUAAAAAUUACGUCACUCUUGUAUGACGCUUUGAAUAUGAAUUUGGAGGAAAAGGAGGACGAAAAUUUUGAGGAAGAAAUGUUGAGUCUGAAAGACUUUGAUUUAAGUGACAAGAUAAACGAAUUAAAGUUAUCCAGACAACUGGCAAGCGAAAUAACUACAACCGGGGCCACACUUUUCGAUCUUUUGGGCAAAGAAGUGGAACUGAAGGCGGCGAGACACAAAAGUGUUAGCCGCCAGUACGAAAUCAACGAAGUUGAAGCCGGAAUUAAGAAGGCAAUCGAAGCUCUUAAAACCGAAAUUGACGAAAGCAAACAGCUCAUUGACAACGUCUCAGCAACUGAGGCCAAUUUGGACAAUAAGAUCGAGCGCAGAAAAGUCGAAAUAGAUCGUUACGAAAAACGGCUCCAAACGUUGAAAAAAGUCAGGCCGGCCUUUAUGGAAGAGUUUACCGCUCUUGAGGCCGAACUGGAGCAACUCUUUGUGCAGUACUCCACCAGAGUGCGCAUUUUGAACCAACUGGAACGGCUGGUGUCGGAGACAGAGCGCCAACAAUUGGAGAAACAACUCCAAAUGGUUUCGCCUCGGAUCGAAACCAUUCCGCUGGAAGGAGGAACUGAGGCGUUUCUGGAGUUGGAGGAGAGCGAGGCGAGGCAAAAGCAGGAGAGACCGAGAGCUAGCACCGGGGGGAGGACUAGAACUGCCAAGACGGCCAAAGCUUACGGCGGAAUGCAACCACCGAUGUCCGCAACCCCGUCCUUGAGCUCGGAUUCGGAAGACGACGAGUUGUUUAUUGACAAAGACGAGUCAGAGUUGAUUCAGUCGGAUGACGAGUCUUUGGGGUUGGAACUAUCGGGGAUGGAGUUGACCAAAAGGGUGCAGUCGGGAAAACCGGCCGGGAACAAGUUGAAUGAUAACAGCGAUGAUGAUUUUUAAAAAUGUCAAACCAAUAAAAGCUACACUUUA